GUGGGGCCCAAAAUUGGAAAUGUGGCAAAAUUAUGUUGUAGAACAGAGCAACAAAGAUCUGAGAAAACCCUAGUAAACCCAAAAAACCUCCAUAGCCAAGAAGCAAAUUGCUGUGAUAGAGAAGAUGGGAGAAUCAGAUGCAAAAGCAGAGACAUCACUGAAAGAUCAGGGAAAUGAAUUCUUCAAAGCUGGGAAUUAUCUCAAAGCGGCAGCUUUGUACACUCAAGCCAUCAAGAAAGACCCAUCAAACGCCACUCUUUACAGCAAUCGCGCUGCAGCAUUUUUGCAUCUGGUUAAACUUAGCAAAGCACUUGCUGAUGCCGAGAUGACGAUCAAUCUGAAACCAGAGUGGGAAAAGGGUUAUUUCAGGAAAGGAUGCAUACUAGAGGCUAUGGAACGAUACGAGGAUGCCUUGGCUGCUUUCCGGAUUGCAUCAAAAUACAACCCUCAAAGUUCGGAAGUAUCCAAGAAGAUAAAGACACUUACGCAGUUGGCUAAAGAUAAGAAGCGCACUGAAGAACUGGAGAACAUGAGAACCAAUAUUGACAUGGCAAAACAUUUUGAUGCGUUGAAAUCUGAACUGUCUGAAAAAUAUGGAGCUGAAGAUGGCUGGAAAGAGUUUUUCUCAUUCCAUGUUGAAACAGUAGAGGGUGCAGUUAAGUCAUGGCAUGAAACUUCAAAAGUGGAUCCUAGAGUUUAUUUCCUUCUGAACAAGGAGAAGACAGACACGGAAAAGUACGCUCCAGCUGUUAAUAUAGAUAAGGCUUUUGAGUCACCCCAUACGCACAGCAAUUGUUUUGCAUUUCUUCGACAGUAUGCUGAAGAUUCUUUCGCUCAAGCUGCGUGUUUAGUGACACCAAAAAGUAUCAUAUCUUAUCCACAGGUUUGGAAAGGUCAAGGAUCAAGAAAGUGGAAGCAUGGUCAAAAUGAUGGAAUUUUCGUCCAAUUUGAAUCUCCUCUAGUGCGGAAGUUGUGGUUUAUCCCUAGCUCCACUGAGAAAGGCAAAACAUUAUGCAGGGAUCCAGUGCCUUUGGAUAUUAGUGCACAUGAAAUCCUCCCGCGUGUAUUCAAGCAAGAAUAGUUGAGAUGGAUGCAGUUCCAUAUCUUGGGUUAGCUCUUUGUGGGAUUGUGUUGGGGAGAAAAUGGGCCUGUUAACUACGAGGAAAAGCACGAACGGUACAUCACAUAUUUUUAUUGGAUUAGCGCAACAUGUAGGAAGCUGUCAAAUUCCCACAGUUCUCUCAUAUUGGUGAGGUAGGUUAUGUUAGCUGUCAAGAUAUCAAAAUCCUUUGAAGUUUUCCUAUAGUAAAUUAGAAUUUCCGAGUGUCCCGUAACCCUCUGUAUUUUCAUUUUACUUUCACUCUGUUGUUGGCUGUUUGAUCUGGCAGUGAGUUUUCUUAGAAGUCAUUUUUUCAAUUGUUUUCGGAUUGGAACUCUUGUAAAUUUGCGCGGCUAGAAGCAAUGUUGCUGUUUUUACCUUGACUUCUCUCUACCUGAAAGUAUAUUGGAGUUUGUUUUGCAAUUUU